ACCGAAUCAAAGGUACAACAUAUUAUGCACACAAUCCAACACUUAUUUUUCCUUUCCAUAUAAAAUCCACCGAGUCAUCCCUCUGAUUGCAACAAGUCAAUUUCCACACACACACACAAACACACACUCAUUCACACACAUCAAUAUCUCUGCGUUUGAUUAUAUGUAAUCCGCUCCAUUUGCAAACACCAGAAGAAGAAGAAGAAGAAAUGGCUGUAGAAGCUAUAGCAAAGGAAGCGGAGAUUAUCAAACCGCGGAAUGAUAAAAGAGAGUACCGAAGGAUAGUACUGCCGAACAAUCUUCAAGUUCUUCUCAUCAGCGAUCCCGAAACUGAUAAAUGUUCUACUUCAAUGGAUGUUCGCGUAGGUUCUUUUAGUGAUCCUGACGGACUGGAAGGCCUCGCGCAUUUCCUUGAACACAUGCUCUUUUAUGCAAGUGAAAAGUAUCCACUGGAGGACAGUUACUCGAAGUACAUCACUGAGCAUGGAGGCAGUACAAAUGCUUUCACGGCAUCUGAACACACCAACUACUACUUUGAUGUUAACCCUGACUGCUUUGAAGAGGCCUUGGAUAGAUUUGCUCAGUUUUUCAUCAAGCCACUGAUGUCGGCUGAUGCUACCACGAGGGAGAUUAAAGCUGUUGAUUCUGAAAAUCAAAAGAAUUUACUGGCUGAUGUUUGGAGAAUGAAUCAGCUUCAGAAACAUUUAAGUGUGAAAGAUCAUCCCUUCCACAAGUUCAGUACAGGGAAUUGGGAUACCUUGGAUGUCCGACCAAAAGAAAGAGGGUUGGAUACAAGACAGGAGCUUCUGAGGUUUUAUAACGAAAAUUACUCAGCCAACCUCAUGCAUCUUGUAGUGUAUAGUAAAGACAGCCUCGAAAAAUCUGAAAACAUGGUGCGAAGCAAAUUCCAGGAAAUCCGAAAUACAGAUCGGAGUUCUAUCAGUUUUACUGGCCAGCCUUGUGAUUCAGAAAGUCUUCAGAUUCUCGUGAAAGCUGUCCCAAUUAAACAAGGUCACAAGUUGAGAUUUGUAUGGCCUGUAACUCCUGGAAUUCGUCAUUACGAGGAAGGGCCAAGCAGGUAUCUGGGUCAUUUGAUUGGCCAUGAAGGAGAAGGAUCUUUGUUUUUCAUCUUGAAAAAGUUGGGUUGGGCUACAAGCUUGUCUGCUGGCGAAUCAGAUUGGACUUGUGAAUUUGCAUUUUUUAAGGUGGUUAUUGAUCUGACGGAUGCUGGCCAUGAUCAUUUUGAGGAUAUUGUGGCACUAUUAUUCAAAUAUAUUCAACUUCUGCAACAAUCUGGUCCCAGCCAAUGGAUAUUUGAUGAGCUUGCAGCUAUUUGUGAGACUUCCUUCCAUUAUCAAGACAAGAUCCGUCCCAUUGAUUAUGUGGUUAAUGUUGCAUUUCAUAUGCAGUUUUAUCCUCCAAGAGAUUGGCUGGUGGCAUCAUCUUUGCCUUCAAAGUUUAACCCUAAAAUUAUUCAGUCUGCACUGGAAGAGCUAAGUCCAUAUAAUGUGAGAAUAUUUUGGGAGUCAACAAAGUUUGAAGGACUUACAGAUUCAACAGAACCUUGGUAUGGAACAGCAUAUUCUGUAGAGCGAUUAGCUGGCUCCACAAUUCAGCAAUGGAUUGAAAAGGCUCCAAAAGAAAAUCUGCAUCUACCUGUUCCUAAUGUGUUUAUUCCUACAGACCUGUCCCUUAAGACUGUUUCAGAGCCAAUAAAGUUACCAGUUUUGUUGAGGAAAACGCCAUACUCGAGGUUGUGGUACAAGCCAGAUACAGCAUUUUCGACUCCUAAAGCAUUUGUUAAGAUAGAUUUCAACUGUCCCUUUUCUGGAAGUUCCCCUGAAUCAGAAGUUCUUACUGAAAUAUUUACGCGUUUGUUAAUGGACUACUUAAAUGAAUAUGCAUAUGAUGCACAGAUUGCUGGUCUUUAUUAUGGGAUUACCAACACCGACUUUGGAUUUCAGGUCACUGUCGUAGGAUAUAAUCACAAACUAAAGAUCUUAUUGGAGACGGUAAUACAGCAGAUUGCUAAGUUUGAAGUAAAACCUGAAAGGUUUGCUGUCAUUAAGGAAUUGGUCACAAAAGAAUAUCAGAAUUUGAAGUUCCAACAGCCGUAUCAGCAAGCUAUGUAUAACUGCUCAUUAGUACUACAAGACCAAACAUGGCCCUGGACCGAUGAACUGGAAAUUCUUCCCCAUCUUGAUGUGGAGAACCUUGCUAAGUUUUAUCCAUUAAUGCUAUCAAGAACCUUCUUGGAAUGCUAUGUAGCAGGAAAUCUUGAGCCAAAGGAAGCAGAGUCCAUUAUCCAGCAUAUUGAGGACGUGUUCUUUAAGGCUCCUAAUCCCGUAUCUCAGGCUAUGUUUGCGUCUCAGUUCAUGACAAAUAGAAUUGUUAAGCUUGAACGGGGAAUAAAUUACGUCUACAGUGCAGAAGGCCUAAAUCCUAGUGAUGAAAAUUCUGCCCUUGUACAUUACAUUCAGGUGCACCAGGAUGAUUUCAAGUUGAAUGUUAAACUUCAACUUUUUGCUCUGAUAGCGAAGCAACCUGCUUUUCACCAGCUUAGAUCAGUUGAGCAACUUGGUUACAUUACUGUACUCAUGCAGAGGAACGACUCCGGCAUCCGUGGUGUGCAAUUCAUUAUCCAAUCAAAUGUGAAGGGUCCCGGGCAAAUUGAUUUGAGAGUUGAGUCAUUUCUCAAGAUGUUUGAAAUUAAGCUGUACGAAAUGUCCAGUGAUGAAUUUAAGAGCAAUGUUAAUACCCUUAUUGAAAUGAAGCUUGAGAAGCACAAGAAUUUACGAGAAGAAUCAGGGUUUUAUUGGCGAGAAAUAUCUGACGGGACCCUGAAAUUUGACAGGAGGGAAUGUGAGGUUGCAGCACUGAAGCAACUAACUCAACAAGAGCUGAUAGAUUUCUUUAACGAGCAUAUCCAAUGUGGUGCUCCUGGCAAGAAAAGUAUGAGCGUUCGUGUAUAUGGGAGUGCACAUUCUUCAGAGUUCGAAGCAGACAAAUCCCUAACUGCCGAAACUGAAUUUGUUCAAAUAGAAGACAUCUUCAGUUUUCGAAGAUCUCGACCUCUUUAUGGCUCAUUGAGAGGAUGUUUUGGCCACAUGAAGCUCUAAGACAUGAAAAUCCCUAUCCAGAAAACGCUUUAUCGUAAUCUUGUCAAAAUAUUAAUAUCGGGAUAAUUGAUUUUUAUUUCAGUUUUUAGCAAGAGAAGACUGUUGUAAGACCCUUGUGAAUGAAUACUCAGUUUCUGAUUCUUUUUUUUUUUCUGGAUUUCUUGUUUAGCAUACAUUUCCCAUUGUGAAGGGGUCGUCAUAAGAGCGAGACUUUUGCAUUUA